AUGUCUGAUCAAUCGAAAAACCGCGAACCUCCCAAGGCUGCUAAUGAAGCCGACAGCGACAAAGGCCAAGAUAACAGUCAACGCGAGAAAGUCGCUGCUAGCACUCCCUACAUGCCGCAGUCUGGAAAGCCCGCAGGUGAAACGGAGCAGACUGCUCAGAAAACUGAAUCAGAGACGGACAAGAAUCCCCGUGAUAAGGUCGCCGCCAGCACACCCUACAUGCCCCAGGCUGGAAAACCUGCUGGCAACUCAUCGCUCUGA